GUAAGAUUCGUCUAUUUCCUUCUUUCUUCUUCUUCUUCCUCAAGUUCUGUUCCCCUCUGUUCAACCCAGCGACAGUGAGAGGCAGCAGCGAUCUCACCAGCGCUUGGGCUGUAACACGCGGCUUUCCUCCUCCUCCCCUCCCCUCCCCUCGAUCCCUCCUCCAUGGCGCUGCAGUACGUGGAGGCGCAGCGCCAGGCCCGCCCCGACCUCGCGGACUCCUACGCGGACCUCGCCGACCUCUACCAGCGGAAGCUCUGGCACCAGCUCACCCUCAAGCUCGACCACUUCCUCCAACUCCCCGCCGCCCAGACCAGUGACACGAUCAUACAUCUCUACAGCAAUUUCAUCUCUGAUUUUGAGACAAAGAUCAAUCUUCUCAAACUUGCUCACUUUGCGGUCAUUGCAUCACGCCAGUACCCUGACAAGGAUGCUGCUAUUAGUUUUCUCGAGGGUGUGAUAGCAAAAUUGCGUGAGACAAGGGAACGGCGCAUCAAUGAACCCAUUCUCUACGUCAAGAUGCAGAUUGCUGCAAUUAACCUUGAGAAGGGAGAUCAAAAGGAGUGCAAGAAGCUUUUGGGCGAAGGAAAAUCCACUCUUGAUAGCAUGACUGAUGUUGAUCCCACAGUCCAUGCUAGCUUUUACUGGAUAUCAUCUCAGUACCAUAAGGCUCGCCAAGAAUUUGCUGAGUUCUAUAAGAAUGCCCUUCUUUAUCUGGCGUACACUACCGUGGAAUCACUAUCUGAGUCGUUCAAGCUGGAUUUGGCAUUUGAUCUCUCCCUUGCAGCUUUGCUUGGUGAUAACAUAUACAACUUUGGGGAACUAUUAGCUCACCCGAUUAUCAACAGUCUUAUUGGAACCAAGGUGGAGUGGGUCUAUCAUAUGUUGCAAUCAUUCAACACUGGCAACCUAGCUCUCUACCAAGAACUUUGCAGGGUCCACAAUUCUGCUCUUAGUGCCCAGCCAGCUUUGGUGCAGAAUGAACGAAAACUGCUAGAGAAGAUCAACAUUUUGUGUCUGAUGGAGAUAAUCUUUAGCCGACCAUCAGAAGACAGGACUAUCCCAUUAAGCGUUAUAGCUGAGCGCACUAAUCUUUCUAUCAGUGAUGUGGAAUAUCUUCUUAUGAAGAGCCUCUCGGUUCAUCUUAUAGAAGGGAUAAUCGAUGAGGUGGACAGCACAGUUCAUGUAUCAUGGGUCCAGCCUAGAGUACUUGGAAUUCCACAGGUGAAGGCCUUGCGCGAGCGGCUGGACGCAUGGGUUGGAAAAGUUCACACUACACUGUUGUCAGUUGAGGCGGAGACCCCUGAUCUUGUGGCUGCAUAACUUGUCGAUCACAUAUCAACCACUGUUAUCAGUUGGUGGUAUGAGCUUAGUCUGCAAGGCUGCGGUGCUUAAUGAGAGGUGAUCUAGCUGUGGUGCUUAUAGUUCUCUGGAGAAUGAAAACAUGUUUGCCUUGGACAUUUCCCCCUGUACUUUCCUUCUCUGUUAUCCUAUUGACGUUGAGGCCUGGAGCUUGAUGCGUUAUCACGGAAACGACACAAAAUGGAUCAAAAGUUUACCGACAAGGUGUCAUUGUAGCUUUUUCAGUCAAGUUUAGAAUGUAAUUCAGCGGAUAUUUUGCUUCUAUUGGACAUGGAUGCAGGAUGUGCUGAUUA